CGCGCUUUGCCCCGUGGCCUGCGCGGGGCCCGGGCAAGUGUGGCGGCUGUCGGUGCCAGCGUGGGUUACGGUGUCCCUCCUGCGCUUCGGCUGUCGGGCGCUCGCUCUUCCUCCUUCUGCUCAGCGCCGGCUCUUUCUUCCUUCGGCAGGGCCCUGCAGGCGGUUUGAAAUUUACCGCAGUCUCUCUCGUGUUCUCGAUGUGGCCGUAAGCGCCCGGCGCUGAAGGGGAGGAGGCAAGAGCGCGGGGCGGGGAAGAAGAGGGCGGCCUGGAGCGGAGCAACUUGUCUGGCUACAGCUCCGGUUUCCCCAACCCCUCACAGGGAACGGGUGGGAGGGGACGGUGGAGAGGGUUAAGUGAGGUUGCAGUUUCCUUGCUGCGGCCCGUGGACAGUCCCCGUCUGGCGGGCACUGUGGUUGCCUUGGCUUUUACCACUGUUCCCCUAUCUGUGGGCGUGGGGAGUGAGGGAAGGAAGGAGCCUGAAGUGAUUCCGGGAUCCACGAACCCCUCACGCCCCUGGAAGCGGUGGAGGGAAGAGUGAAACAAUUCCCCCCUCCCUCCUGAGGCGUCCCGGUGCUGCGGCAGGCUGGCCCGCAGAUUCAGAGAAUAAAGAUGGGAACUCCUGGAUCAGGACGGAAGAGAACUCCAGUGAGAGACAGGUUUUCUGCCGAAGAUGAAGCUCUAAGCAACAUUGCCAGAGAGGCAGAAGCCAGACUUGCAGCAAAACGGGCAGCUCGAGCAGAAGCAAGAGAUAUACGUAUGAGAGAGCUGGAGCGACAGCAAAAAGAGCUGGAAGAAAAGAGUGAAAAAUCACAUUCAGAAAUAUUUUCAAGGCCCUCAUCUCGCAAUUCAGUAAGUGCAACUCCUUUGAGUGGCAACUCAUCUAGAAGAGGAAGUGGAGAUGCAAGUAUUUUUGUGGAUCCUGAUGCCUCCCUCAGUGAAUUACGGGAUAUCUAUGAUCUUAAGGACCAGAUACAUGAUGUAGAAUGGAGAUACAUGCAGGGACUUAAAGAAUUAAAGGAUUCACUAGCUGAAGUUGAAGAGAAGUACAAGAAAGCAAUGGUUUCCAAUGCUCAACUAGACAAUGAGAAAAACAACUUGAUUUACCAAGUGGAUACUUUAAAGGAUGUUAUUGAGGAGAAAGAAGAACAGAUAGCAGAGUUCUAUAGGGAUAAUGAAGAGAAGUCAAAGGAAUUGGAAAGACAGAAACACACCUGCAGUGUUCUGCAGCAUAAGUUGGAUGAACUUAAAGAGGGCCUUCGACAGAGAGAUGAAUUGAUAGAGGCGAAUCAACGUAUGCAGGAGAAUAUAGACUCCAUAACCAAAGAAGUGUUUGAUCUCCAGGAGACAAUUAAUUGGAAAGAUAAAAAAAUAGGGGCCCUAGAAAGACAGAAAGAUUACUUUGACUGCAUUAAGAAUGAGCGAGAUGAGCUCAGAGAGGAGUUGGCUGACCUGAAGGAAACAAUGAAGAGAGGACAGAAACAUGGAUUAGUUAUAAUUCCAGAUGGCACACCAAAUGGUGAUGUAAACCAUGAAUCAGUGGUUGGUACAAUAACAGUCGUAUCACAGGAAGCUGCUCAGGUCUUGGAAUCUGCAGGAGAAGGACCACUAGAUAUCAGGCUACGAAAACUGGCUGGAGAAAAGGAGGAAUUACUGUCCCAGGUUAGAAGACUGAAGAUGCAAUUGGAAGAAGAACAACAGAAGUACUCUAAAAGUGAUGGCAUGAAUCCAGAUAUAAUAGGCUUGGAGAAUGGCUCUGACUUGCAGCUAAUUGAGUUGCAAAGAGAUGCCAACAGACAAAUUAGUGAAUACAAAUUUAAGCUUUCAAAAGCUGAACAAGAUAUAACUACUUUGGAACAAAAUAUUGGACGACUUGAGGGACAGGUUGCAAGGUAUAAAAAUGCAGCAGAAAAUGCAGAAAAAGUAGAAGAUGAACUCAAAGCUGAAAAAAGGAAGCUUCAGCGAGAGUUAAGAACAGCGCUGGAUAAGAUAGAAGAGAUGGAGAUGACCAAUAGCCAUUUAAUGAAAAGGCUGGAGAAGAUGAAGGCAAAUAGGACUGCGCUGUUAUCUCAACAGUGAAAUGGAAAUUGAAAAUACAAUGCACUGCUCCUUGAAUAACUAGUCUCUAGCUUGUUUAUAAAUACAGACUUUCAGUGGCACAAACUAUCUGAACAGUGAGCUGUUCACUGGUGGUUUUGUUUCAUAAUUAAAUGACAUACUUUUUGUAAUUUAUGAGAGAAUGAUAUGUAGUUUGAAUUCCCAUGUGAAUGACAGCAAUUUUUCAGUAGUGUUUGAUUCUAGGGUCAGAGAUGGAGCACAAUGCUGUAUGUUUUUACAACUGUGGAAUCAAGUUUACUCACGAUCUCUUUUGGCUGCUUUAAUGAUGCUUGAUGCUCAGAGACAGCUGCAUGAAUUCAAGACGCUGUAUUAUGAAACUAACACAUACUUGCUUAAGACAUCACACAGCAAAAGUGCCUUUUAUCUGGUGCAAUUUAGUCUUCAUUGUUGAAAUAACCUUUGAAACCAGAAAGCAUUUUAUUUUAAGAUACAUUUGGGGUAUUCCCUAAACUUUAUACAUUUUGAAAAUACAUUUUUAAAAAUAUUAAAAUUUAUAAGAAAUAAAUAGGGACUGUAUAUAAAGAUCUGC